UGCUCCUCUUCGCAUGCAGUCGCGUGGCCAUUGACAUGCUCACUUCACAGCUCGCAUCCUCUCUUACUUCACUACCACCGAAGAGGCAGGUCGGGACCGCCAAGCAUUCUACGGGUAUGCCAAGGACGCAUGUUGUACGAUUUUCAUAAAACGAGCUCCCUGUCUGAUGUAUUACAACAUCAGGCUGUACGCGAUAGCCGAUAUUCCUGGUCUUUGGGAGCGCAACGUGACUGAUGGCUGCCGUGGAUAUGAAUGAGGGGCGGAGACAAGAUUCCAUGACCGGCCACUUCCUUCAACAUUCCUGCAGGCUGAUCACCGCUGCUGCUGCCUGUGCAACGACUUUCGCGCAUGCCGCGGCUUUGCUGUCUCGUGCUAACUCCACCGAGAAGCUUGUAACCUCGGUGACUCUGAGGUAUUUGCUUGACAUCGAUAAUUUGUACGCUAAGGCCGAGCAUUUACAGUCCAUUGCCUACAGGUCUGCGGGGAAAAAUCGGGUGAUUGGCAGCAAGGGCCACGAGGACACUGUUAGGUGGAUCAAGGAGACUCUUGAUCAGGGCUUCCCCCUUUUGGUUGGUGUGUCUACGAACCUGGCCGCAAACAACAAGACUAUUGAGGCUUUCCCAACCACUUUGGCACCCGAAGGAGAUGUUUCUGGACCUCUGGCGGAUUUUACCGAUAGUUUGGAGGGCAAAAUCGCUCUGAUUAACCGUGGUACCUGCUUUUUCGGUGUGAAGGUCCAGUUCGCAGCUGCCAAAGGCGCUCUGGACGUCAUCGCCUGGAACAACUGCGAAGGUACGCUUGAAGGCUACUCGCUGCAGCUUUUCGAGGAUCCUGCAAAUCCUUACGUGCCAACCGUCGGCAUUACACUCGGCCAAGGAGAGUCUCUCGGGGCUCAAAUUCAAGCCGGCGUCGACAUUUUCGUGCAUCUGAAGAGUGUUGUUCAGAAUGCCACUAGCUAUAACGUUAUUGCUGAGACCAUUGCUGGUGAUCACGACAACGUCAUUCACGUUGGUGGACACUUCGACUCCGUGACAGCCGGCUCAGCUAUCAACGAUAACGGAUCUGGCUCUAUCUCCAUUCUUGAGAUCGCGAUUCAGCUGAGAAAAUUUACUGUUAACAAUGCUGCUGGCCUGCUUGGUGCUGAGUACUACGUCAAGCAGCUAUCGCAGGCUGAUAAGGACAAUAUCCGUCUCUUCCUUGGCUUCGACAUGAUGGCAUCACCCAACUAUGCCAUCCAGAUAUACGAUGGUGAUGCCGAGCACGAGUUCGCUGCUUACUUUGACAAUCUCGGUCUUAACCACACCGAGGCUGAGUUUGAUGGACGCUCAGACUACGGUCCGUUCCUCAAGGCUGGCAUCACUGCAGGCGGUAUUGCUGGUGGGGUUGAAGGUAUCAAGACUCAGGAAGAGUUUGAGAUGUUCGGUGGAGGUGCUGGUGUUCCCUACGAUGUCAACUACCACAAGGACGGCGAUACAGUCAGUAACCUAAACCUCAAGGCCUGGAUCGAAUUCGCAAGGGCUAUUGCGCAUAUGGCUGCUACGUACGCGCGCAGCUGGGAGACCAUCCCUCCUAGGAACGCGACUGCUUUGGUGAAGAGGUCUGAGAAGCACAACCAGUACAAGCAGGCCUUUCAGAAAGCCAAAAGGUACCAGAAGUGGGCCUAG